GCUGUUCAGUCACCAGUCCCAAAGAACCUUCAGUAUCACCAUGGCUCCCUCACCCCAAGAAACUAUGGUGGAACAGCAGCCUAAGACUAUCCCUCGGGGAUUAACUGGUGAAGAGUUAGUGAUUAGUGGCAUGUCAGGAUUGUUCCCCAUGUCUGACAGUGUUUUGGAGUUUAAAGAAAAUCUGUAUAACAAGGUGGACAUGGUGACCAAUGAGAACAUUAGAUGGGACAUCGACCACCCUGAAAUUCCCAAACAUUUCGGCAUGAUAACCGGAGUAGAUCGUUUCGAUGCUCAGUUCUUCAAGGUCCACUACAAACAAGCGCUCAUUAUGGACCCUAUGAGCAGGAAACUCUUAGAACACGCGUACCAGGCCAUUUUUGAUGCAGGUAUCAACCCAUUGGAGCUUCGAGGUAGGAAAAUUGGUGUUUUCAUCGGAGCUGCCUUCUCUGAGUCCGAGAAAAUUGUCAUUUACGAGUCUAUUCAGCGCAAUGGAUUCGGUAUUACUGGAUGCAACAAGGCUAUGUAUGCCAACCGUAUCUCCUACUGGCUGGACAGCAAAGGUCCCUCCUAUGCUCUCGACGUGGCUUGCUCCAGCUCCAUGUCCUGCCUGGAGCAUGCUUACACGAGCAUCAGCAGUGGUGUGUGUGAGGCUGCCAUUGUCGGUGGAUGCAACUUGUGCAUGCAUCCUAAUGUGGCGUUAAAUAUGAGGAAGUAUGGAUUCUUAUGUUUGGAUGGAAAAACUAAAUGCUUUGACAAGCACGGAGACGGCAGCGUCAGAUCUGACGCUAUCAGCAUUCUCUUCUUGCAGAAGGCUAAGGACGCAAAGAGAAUUUACUCAGAAGUUUACUACGCCAAAUCCUGCUACUCAAACAUAGUCCAAGAACAGUUCUUGCCUACUCGUAAACCAGAGGAGAUCCAAGAAUUUUUGGAGACGUUCUAUAAAGAGGCUGGAGUGUCUCCUCGUGAUGUGGAGUACAUUGAAGCCAAUGCUACAGCAAUUGCCGAAGCAGACGCCAAUGAAUUGGAAGCGAUUGGCAAAGUGUUUGCAAAAGACAAAACUGUGCAAGUUGGAUGCGUCAAAUCUAAUAUGGGUCACGCUGAACCUGCUUCUGGAGUGUGUUCACUAACAAAGGUGUGUCUGGCAUACCAAACUGGCCAAAUACCCGCGAACUUGCACUACUACGAGCCACAGGAUGAGAUUGAUGCGAUACGCGAUGGAAGAAUCCAAAUUGUAACUGACAACAUACCGUUUGGACGAGGAUUCACUGCUUUGAACUCAUUCUCGUACAGUGGAACUAAUGUUCAUGUGCUGAUGAAAGGACAUUAUAAACCAAAGGAUCUUGAACGUUACCGCAGCAGCAUUCCACAUCUAGUCCUCACAUCGGGCAGACAAGAUCAAUGUGUGAAGAGUAUGAUCGAGAAACUUGUCAAGCACCCAAUGGAUCCCGAACAAAUCGCUCUUCUUCAUGAGAUUCAUAACAAGCCCAUGGCUGGACAUACCUGCCGCGGAUACACCAUUCUUGACACGAACGAGAAAAAAGAAACGGUGUGUGUUGCUAAGGAAGUAGAAUACACAGAUGGUGUAACGCGUCCAGUGUGGUUCGUUUACAGUGGUAUGGGAUCCCAAUGGGCCACCAUGGGUGCUGAGUUGAUGCGUAUCCCGAUAUUUGCUGCAGCUAUUGAGAAAUGCCAAAAAGCACUAGAACCCAAGGGAAUAGACAUUGUGAAUAUUCUGACGAAUCCGGACAAAACUAUCUAUGACAACAUCUUACAUUCCUUCGUCGGUAUUGCUGCAGUACAAAUUGGUCUGACUGAUAUACUGAGAGAGUUGGGAAUAGUUCCUGAUAAUAUCAUUGGACACAGUGUUGGUGAACUAGGAUGUGCCUACGCUGACGGAUGCUUCACGGCUGAAGAAAUGAUCCUCUCUGCUUAUAGCCGUGGGCUUGUGUCUUUACAGACUCCAUUCAUCCGUGGUUCCAUGGCUGCUGUUGGAUUGGGUUACAAAGCGAUCAAGGCCCUUUGUCCUCCAGAAAUUGAAGUGGCUUGCCACAACAGUUCUGACUCCUCUACCAUAUCAGGACCAGCUGAUAUUAUGAAGACCUUCGUCGCAGAGCUGACAUCUCGUGGUAUCUUUGCCAAGGAAGUUCCUUGCUCCAACAUUGCUUACCAUUCGAGAUAUAUUCAGGAUGCUGGUCCUGGUCUACUCAAAUAUUUGAAGGAAGUAAUCAAGAACCCAAAAGAACGCAGUAAAAAGUGGAUGUCUACAUCAGUACCUCAAAACCAGUGGAAUGAACCUGCUGCCAUGUACUCUUCUGCUGAAUACCACACCAAUAAUUUAUUGAACGCAGUGCUCUUUGAAGAGACAUCCAAGUUGAUACCAGCGAAUGCCAUUGUGAUUGAAGUAGCGCCUCACGGGCUAUUACAAGCCAUCCUCAAGCGUUCACUAGCAGAAUGUACUCAUAUACCACUUACGAGACGCGGCCACGCCGAUCCAGUUAAGUUCUUGCUGGAAGCCUUCGGAAAAUUAUACUUGGCAGGUCUUACGCCAAAAGUUAAGGCGCUCUACCCAAGAGUAGAAUUCCCGGUUUCUACAGAAACUCCAAUGUUAUCGCAUUUAGUUGAAUGGGAACACAGUGAAAAAUGGCCCCAAGCAAAAUACAACGCGAAGGAUAGAAUCACAACAUCGAUCAGAAACUUCGUUUUCUCCAUACACGACGAUGACUAUAAAUACUUUGAAAAUUAUAAGAGAAAUGGAGUCUACGUAUUCCCUGAAGCUGCCAUACUAACUGUUGUAUGGGAAACUCUCGCUAUGUUCAAAGGUAUCGAUUACAGAACUAUGCCUAUUGAAUUCCGUAACGUACAUUUCAACGAGGAAAUUCAUUUCAAGGCCGAUGACCCUCUGAAGCUUGAUAUCAUGAUUCAUAAAGGAAACUUGUAUUUCGAGGUCAACCACGACGAGACAGUUGUAGCCACUGGCUAUUUAACUGAUUUAACUGAGUCACAAAAAAAGGAUAACUGCAAUCGGGUACUGGAAAAGUCUCAUGAUGCAAAGAAUGUAACUCUAAACAUGCGAGAUGUUUACCAAAUUUUGCGCAUGAGAGGAUAUUCUUAUGAAUGUGGUGGUAUCGAAAUCGAAACUGCGUUGUUCACCGAUAACCAGGUUACUGAGACUGACCCUGAUCUUAUACUUUCUCGCUGCUUCGUGCCUCACUUCCUUAUAGGCAAAAUUGAUCUAAAAGCAGCGAUGCACGUGAACAUGCAAAUUGUAGCUGAUAAUAUUCCAAGCCGCCAAAUCAAAGUGAUUGAACUGUACUCGACAGAAUAUUCAGAAAUUUCGAAGAUUUUGAGGGAAGUGACUGACGAAAUUACUAAUAAAGACUUUGUAAUGAGUGGAUUCAAUAAAAACAAGAUUGAUGUAUCGUCUGUUAUUGUGGUGGAUAAUUUGUUAGAAGAUGAACAUAAAAUGGAAACCCUAGCAAGAGUGCUGCCAAAACCAACAUUCAUUUUGGCUAUCGAAAAAGAUACUGCUAAAAUCUACUCCAAAUAUAAAUCUUUCAAUGUUGUAUCGUCUUUUAACGUUAAAAACCAGAUACUUGUGUUAGUGAACACUAUUGAUUCAAGCAACAAUGAGAAUAUCACAUACAUGCCUAUAACUAACGAUAAUAAGUUUACUUGGGUACCACGAGUGCGACAUGAGCUGGAAAAGACCAGAAAACUUGUACUGGUUUCUGAAAGACAACCAUACUCUGGACUUAUCGGUAUGGUCAAGAAAUUGAGAGAAGAACAUGGAAACAAGAUUGCUCUUAUCAUAGUUGAUGAUUACCACGUCGAAAAUUUCAACACCGAGGCAGCCAUAUUCAAAGAUCAGAUUGAAAAGAAACUGUCAAUCAACAUAUUCAAAAAGGGACAUUGGGGAGGCUAUUAUAAUAUUCCAAGUCCCAAGGAGACAAAUAUUAGAAGUGUCGCCUUAACAAGUACGUCGGCUGGCGAUCUCGAUGCCUUAAAAUGGGUGGAAGUACCUCAGUUGCCUGCCUGUAAUACAAUGGUUCAGGUGAGUUAUGUUGGACUUUCAAAUGAAGAUGCUCAAAAUGCUGUUGGUACGUCCUUAGCACCAGCCAAUGGCUUUGGAAAAGAGUUCAGUGGUAUCAAUAUAAAUGGUGAACGAGUCAUGGGAUUGCUCCCCGAAGGUGCUUUAAGAAGUGUUGUGGAAGCUGACCCAUCUCUAUUGUGGCCAGUGCCAGAACAUUGGAACUUGGAAGAUGCUGCUACAGUACCUCUGGCUUAUGUUAACGCAUUUUAUUGCCUUGAGUACGUUUUCAAAGUUACUAGCGUGGACGACAAAUCUAUAUUUGUUAAUGGUGCAGCGGAACCUUUCGGACAGGCAAUCAUAUCUGUGGCUUCAUUCUUUGGGUACAAAAUCUAUGCUAAUGUUGAAGACAAACAGAAAAAAGAAUUGUUGCUCAAACUAUUCCCACAGUUAGAAGAGGAAAACAUCGUGUGUUCCCGUGUAGAUGCCCACAGCACAGUCAUUAUGAAUUCUAACGCAAUUUGUUGUCCUAUUGUCAUUAAUUGCGCCAGCGGUCCGCUUCGUCAUUCUGCAAUGAAAUGUGUGUCUAAAAUGGGUUUCAUUCUGGAUGCUUGUGAUGAAGACAUGAAGAAUAACAAAGAUUUUGGUCUCUUCUUUUUGUGCGGAGAAAGGAAUUAUAAGGGUAUCAGAGUAUCCAGCAUAUUCAAACCAGAAUUUGCCGCAGAAAAGAAGAAAAUUCAAUUGUUGAUGGCUGAUGGAAUUCUGAAGGGUAUAGUUAGACCUUUGAAUCGCAUCGUGUACUCUCCCUCGGAGGUCUCUCGAGCUUUCAGACUGAUAUCACUAAAGAGGUUCUGUGGCAAUGUCCUCAUAAGAAUGAAAGACCCGAACAUUACCAGCGAAGAUUUAUGCGUCACUCCAAGACAAAGCUACUCUUCUGAAGGAUCCUACAUCGUAGUGUGUGAUGAAUCUGAGCUUGGUUUCGAAGUCGCUGAUAGAUUGGUCCGCCGUGGUGCUAGAAACCUGCUCUUAAAUCUAAAGCCCAACUCUUCGGCUGGAUAUUGCUAUACUAAAUUAGCGUCUUGGAAAAAAUUGGAUGUGAAUGUCAAGAUGUCAUCAGAAAACUUAUCAACAGACAAGGAAUGUGUAAAUCUAAUAAAAGAGGGAGCAAAAAUGGCGCCUGUUUUCGGAAUUUUCGUUAUUCAAAAUUACAAGACAGAUGCUAAACAGGAUGAUUUGGAGACUGACACCAUGGUGCAGAAGUUCAACAACACUGUUCGUGUUGUUGCAAACCUUGAUGUUUCUUCUAGAAAUCUCUGCAACAAUUUGAAGCAUUUCGUGGUCUUAAACUAUUCUUCAAAGAGUGCCAGUGACGAAUACGCCGUUUCUGUGAUUGAGAAAAUAUGCGAGGCGCGCAAUGAAGCGUGCUUGCCCGCCCUCGCCUUCCGCAUCGACUCGAUCAAUGAGUUUGAUACCAUUGGAGAAAAUGGUACAAAAACACGAUCGCAGAAACUGUCAACAGUUAUGAACGCUCUGGAAACAAGUUUGAAACUAAAUUACACGGAUGUCGUGUCAUUUGAUUUGAAGAAAAGAAACAAUUACGAUUUCUUAGCCAAAGUCGCUAAAAUUAUUGGAGUGCAACACGUGGAUGAUAUUGGAGACAAGCUGACUUUGGAACAGUUAAGCUUGAAUGAAACCAACUUGCAAGAAAUCAAGUUACUUAUCAAGAACGUGUAUGAUAUCGAUUAUUGUACUGAAACUUUGUCUAAACUAGAUGUUGCAAGUCUAAAGAGUUUUGGAAGUAUUGAAAAGAGGCAGAACACUAAAUUCGAUGCUGGUUUAGGAGCAUUCUAUACUUACACUGAUGAUGAUGAGUGUAUGGCUACCGAGCCUAUGAUUCAAAUGCCGACUAAGCUUAGCAGUGGUACCGAGGAAGAGCAAGAACUUGAUCCAAAGGAGACCUACUUGAUCCUUAUACCAGGAUUUGAAGGUCACCACCAAAUGUUCUACCGUGUCACUGAGAGGUUGAAGGUUAGAGCCAUGACCUUCCAACUUGGACCUGAUAUGACUCAGGAUAGCAUUAAAAAAAUGGCCGUCGAUAUACUAACGUUCAUGAAGAAGCGGUUCGAGCUUAAAUCCAAUUUCUAUCUGAUGGGAUAUUCCUUUGGUGUAAACGUCGCCCUGGAAUUGGCAGCAUUGUUUGAAAAAGAAGGUCGCGUGGGUACUGUGUAUUGCUUGGACAGCAGCCCAGAUGCAUUAAGGGUUCAGCUGGAUGCCUAUGUUGGCAAUUUAACUGAUACAGAGUUACAGAACAAAAUCGUCGAGCACAUGUACCGGCUCAUGACUGGAAGAGACAGCGAGGAACUGAAGAACGACUUGGAACGAUCAGAAAACUGGUCGGAGAAGGUGGAAGCCUGCGUCAGUAGACUUCGGGAAUUGGCUAGUUAUUCCAAUCAGUACAAGAGAUCUAUCCUAGAAACGGCGUACCGAAGAAUCAUGCUAGCGAGGCAGUACGAGCCAGAAUUCAAACUGGAAUCCCAAUUGGUCCUUAUGAGAGGCAUUCCUCAUCCAAAAGCAGGACCUCUGCCAGAAGACUACAACUUAUCCAAGUACACAACGAAACCAGUAAAGGUGUUCAACAUAGAGUCAGAUCAUGCCUCAGCACCCCUCGAUUGCAGAGUAUCAAAUAUCGUUAACAAGUUCCUCGAUCCUGAAUUGCUAUCGAAAUUCGAGAAGGAGGUUCUUUGCGAAACGUACUUGGUUGAAUCAUUCAAAAUGUUGUAGACACAUUUUUGAAUGUUCAUUGAAGUAUAAAUGCGUAUCGGCAGUUACUAAGUUAGUUUAAGUACGGUCAUCAAUAAUUAUUAUUAGUUAC